AUGUCCUCCGACACGAUGAGUUCAUCACGUCACAAUGCCUCCCACUCGUCGUCUGAUAGCAAGCGUCUCCGAGAUCGCUUGGCCCAAAAAGCUCAGAGAGAAAAGCGGGAGGCACGUAUGAAAUCGCUGGAAGAUCGUGUGGCAUUUUGCGAUCAGAACCAUGGACCUGCAUGGAUGCACUGGCACACUAUCACGUUGAACCGAGUCCUCGAGGAGAAUAGAAAAUUGCGGGAGCAACAAGUCGUGCUUCGUCAUCUGCUGGGACAAUUUAAUGAUGUACUCUCUGAGAAACCAUCCUCGUUCCAGACGCCACCUACAGUUGUUGCGAAUGCCUGGAUGCCAAGCUUGAAUCCGUGCCUUGUUCGCCCCAUGGAGGUGGAAGCAGCACCCAAAUUGACACUACAAUCCGGCAUUUCAAUCCCUGAGCAAUCUGCCCAUUCACUGUUAAGUCAACAGGCGGGUGAAGGCCUACGUCCCGAAGACCACCAUACGCCAUUGAGUCUAGCAGAGCAAACGGUAAAUACAUCUGCUCUUGUGGAGAUCGCCACAAGAUCACUCCCUGGGGUACAUCCGUUCCCACAAUCAACGGCACCAGAGAUUAUCCCCUCUUGGUCCCUCACUCCGAUCAACGAGUACGGAAUGAACCCCUCUUUCUUGCCGGCUACAUGCCCCUGGUUCGCUCGCCCAGACCUUGUCGCUGCAUGUCCACCCGUCCCGGCCCCUCUGGACCUCAUUUAUGGCACUCGACGGAACUACCUAGCGAACGAAGUCAGCCACGGCAUACGUCGACAGUCGAUGCGAGAUCCGGAAUGUCUCGCCAGUGGAUGGCUGACGUAUGUGUAUAGCAAAUGGCGGGUGUCUCCGAACCCCGUUACAUUUGAACGACUGCCACAAUUUCUCCAUCCCCUCAUGACGCAGCUACAAAGGGGACAUCCAGACUUAAUUGAUCUGAUCAUUUGGCCGCAGCUACGUUUAAAUAUGAUUGACCAUUGGACGAGAUAUGAUUAUUGUGAGCUUAUUGGUUACUUAUGCUGCUGUACAAAGAUCCGAUGGCCGUGGGGAGAGGAUAUUUUGGAACGAGAUGCGGCGGAUAAUCUCGGGAUUAGACAGGACUUCUUCGAUGUCUUUACUAGAGAGGAUGGGUGGGGGUUGACGACGGAGUUUAUUGAGAAAUAUCCGGAGUUGGUGGAGGGAAUGGACGUGGAAGCUAUUAGAUUUUCUUAUGAAGAUAAGUCUUCUAUCUUUAAUAUCGUCACCGAAAAUGGCCAUAAAACUGCCCUGGCCCCCAGUUAUGCAAAUGAAAUCAGAAACCAUCCGGACUUAAGCUUUGGACAUGAAACGGGGCGGGAUUUCCAUUCUCAUAUUUCUGGCUUUGAACCCUUUCGACAAGGAACGAACCCAGAUCAGAUAGUUCAAGAUGCGGUGCGUAUAAAAUUGACGCAGAGUCUGGGGAGUGUGACUAAACCAUUAUCGGAUGAGACUACCGUUGCGUUGAGGUCAUACUGGACUGAUGAGUCUCAAUGGCAUGCUAUUCACACAAAAGAUACUAUCUUGAUGCUAGUCGCCCAGCUUUCAUCGAAGGUAUUUCUGGGUGACAGGAUCUGUCGCGACCCCAACUGGCUUCGCAUCACAGUCGACUAUACGGUCGACUCAUUCAUGGCCGCUCAAUCUCUGCGAAUGUGGCCUCGCAUCAUUCGCCCUCUUGUCGCUAGAUUCCUCCCAUCUUGCCGCAAAAUUCAGACCGAACUACAGGAUGCCCGUGACAUAAUCAAUCCUGUACUGGCGGAGCGUGCGGCAGAAAAGGCAGUCGCAGUUCAAGAAGGACUAACCCCAAAACGCUACACAGACGCGAUGGAAUGGAUGGAACAGUGUGCUAAAGGUCGGCCGUACGAUGCCGGUGCUGCACAACUUUCCUUUUCCCUUGCAGCAAUCCACACUACCUCUGAUAUGAUCACUCAGGUGCUUUAUGACCUCUGCGGAAAGGACGAGUUGAUUAAAGCUCUACGUGAAGAGGCUCGUACUGUUAUCCAAGAAGAUGGAUGGCAAAAAACCACACUCUAUAAACUUAAGCUCAUGGAUAGUAUGCUGAAAGAGAGUCAACGAUUAAAACCGACCAGCCUAGUUUCUAUGAGACGUCUCGCAAUGAAGACCGUCGCUUUGUCGGACGGCGCUGUUAUCCCCAAAGGAACUUCUAUUUUCAUCUCUGGCGAACAGAUGUGGGAUCCGAAGGUCUACACAGAACCUGACACAUUCGACGCAUAUCGAUUUCUGCGACUGCGCGAGACGCCUGGCAGUGAAAAAUCCGCGCAGUUGGUUUCGGUUUCCCCGCAGCACUUGGGAUUUGGUCUGGGAAAACAUGCUUGUCCUGGUCGAUUCUUCGCCGCGAAUGAGAUCAAGAUUGCGCUUUCGCACAUUUUGCUGAAGUAUGACUUUAGACUCGCGGAGGGUAGUUCUCCUCAACAUAUUAGGAUGGGGGCCGAUCUUGUUGCAGAUCCCUUUGCGAAAUUGGAAAUUAGGCGGAGAGAUUCGGAAAUUGAGUUUUGA